AUGUUGUCGUACACAGAUCACACGCUGCGGCAUCAGAAGAAGAACCGUGAACCCGAUAAAAACAGUCAUUUCAGGCCAAUAUCUCCCCAGAACCAGAACUUAAUCCUGGACCCGCUGAGACGUCACUCAGACGAGGUGCUGCUGCUGCUGCUUCGAGACAGAAAAGCUGAACAUCUCAGCAGUUCACAAAUAAUUUUGCAGUCAUUAGUUUGCAAUUAUAGCACAACUAUCUGCCAGCUUUGCAAUUAUCACUGUGAAUAUGCAAAUUCUGUCUGA